AUGGAAAGCAGAGAUGAGGAGACAACUCUGAUAUUCGGUCUGACUUUUACAGUUAUUGGCAGUUUAUCACUUGUGCCAGAUAGUUUAAUUAUUCAUUUUAUUGAAAAAAUUGGACUCGGUGAAUUAUUCAAAUCCGAGGCAAGAAAGAAAGUUUUUGCCGGUUUCUUAGGAUUCCCUCCUGAAUCUUUAGUUACGAAUAUGAAGAAUUUGGUUGCAAACUUUGUCAGUGAAAGCAGUGAAGAUUCCUACAGUACAGCAUUGACUUUUAUCAUGAGAAACUUAAACUGUUGCGGUGCAAUCAAUGGAAGUGAUUUCAGUAAUUCAUCUAAAUUUCAAAGGAGCCAAAAUGGUAAACAACUGACGUAUCCUGCAUUGUGCUGUCAGUCAGAUACUUCAAAAACUGGAGAACAAAAGUGUAAUUCAACAGUUGAUACCUUUCAUAUUGGUUGUGCCAAGAAAAUACAUGAAAAGUAUCUUCGUCUUACAGACAUAUUUGCUUAUUUAACAAUAGUUGUUUAUUUCGUCAAUAUAAUUACAAUUGCGAUGGGUGUUAUGGUUCUCAGUAUUCCCCCACAUCAAAAGCCGAAAAAGUUGUCAGAAGAAUAUCAAUAA